GGGCGGCCCUGCUCCCCCACCCCAUGAGGUGUCCCUGUAUAACCCCGUGCCUCGCCCCAGAGGUGGCUGCAUUUCAGCGCUGGGCAAUGGGUCCCUGUAUAACCACCCGGGGGGCAGCUGCAUGUUGGUGCUCAGUGAUGGAGCCCCGGGCCGUGCCCAGCGCUGGAGUUCCAGAGCCCCAUGCCAGCCGCGGCUACGUCCCUCCAUAGGCCCCGGCUGCACCCAUCAUCCCAGAAGCGUCUGCAUGUCCUUGCUGUGCAAAGGAUUCUGGGAUAAGUAGUUGCAAUGCCCAGCAUCCGCACCCCUGCGAGGGGCGUCUCUGCUCAGGUCCAGUUAUCAAUGGCGCUGGGAUCCGAUCCCUAGGGAGUGAAGGCCGCAUAGAGCUGCCUGGUUGUUCCCAUGAUGCUUGCAGCCGUUCCAGGUCUGCUGACACGAUUGCCCUCAUAUGGUAAAAGAAAAGUCAAAGCUGCUAACAUCUUGGCCAGUGCGCCGUCCGACAGGAACUUGGGCGCCUUCCAGGAUUUGGGCUGCAGGACGACGCACUGCAACAGCGAGGUGCUGCAGCGCUGUACCCUGGUCUUCCUAGCCACCAAGCCUCACCUGCUUCCUGGAGUCCUGCAGGAGAUUGCUCCUGCCGUUACCCGGGACCACAUUAUCGUAUCGGUGGCUGCUGGGGUCACUUUGCAGACCCUGCAACAGCUUCUCCCUGCUGGGACCAAGGUGCUGCGGGUCAUGCCCAACCUGCCCUGCGUGGUGCAGGAGGGGGCAGUGGUGGUUGCCCGGGGGAGCUGUGCUGGGGAGCAGGAGGCCGCCCUGCUGAGAAGCCUGCUGUCCGCCUGCGGGCUGUGUGAAGAAACGCCGGAGUCCUACCUCGAUAUCCACACAGGCCUGAGUGGCAGCGGGGUAGCCUACGUUUACUUGUUUGCCGAAGCCCUGGCAGACGGUGCUGUGAAGAUGGGCAUGCCCAGUGCCUUGGCCAAUAAAAUUGCAGCCCAGACACUGCUGGGAGCAGCAAAGAUGAUCCUGGAGACAGGGGAGCACCCGGCCAAGCUGCGCAGCAACGUCUGCACGCCUGGCGGCACCACCAUCCACGCCCUGCACGAGCUGGAGAAGGGGGCGCUGCGGGCCACCGUCAUGAACGCCGUGGAGGCUGCGACCAUGCGGGCUCGCGAGCUGGGCGAGAGAUAGGGGCCCAGCCGGGCGGGGUGUUCCGGGGCGCCUGGCCUGUCUGAGCCACGUGGAAUCUCCGUCCCGUGAUGGAAGGAAGUUUCCCAGGUUGUCCAGCGGAUGUAGAUCCCAUUCUUCCCUUCCUAGGUGCCUCUCUUCCUGCCUGAGGGAUUCCCAGCUCCAGGUCACCAGUGAUAUCCUCUAGCCCCAGUCCUUCCCCACGGGACAUGGCUUCCCCACAGGUGAGGCAGGGUCCCCUUGUGUUCCUGGCAGUCCCCUGACCUGCCUUGGCCCAGCCCUGCCUCGGCUGUGGGGACUUCACACUCGUAGCCAUUCCAUACGCAUUGUGUGCUCUCUCCGGACGGUGGGUCCCUAAUAAAUAAUAACAACAGCAGGACGUGGGAGCUGCUGGCCCAGA